AUGACCAAACAACCAUCGAGAUCAGUUCUUUAUAUAUCAAUUGGAACAUCAACUACAUUUUCUGAUAGACAAGUCAUAGAGCUCACGAUAGGACUUGAACAAAGCAAACAGAAGUUCAUAUGGGUGUUGAGAGAAGCCGAUAGAGGAGAUGCCUUUACCGGGGAAGCUAGAAGAUUUGAGCUUCCAGAAAGGUUUGAGGAAAGGGUAAAAGAAGUAGGCUUAAUGGUAAGAGAAUGGGCACCACAACUCGAAAUCUUGGCUCAUUCUUCCACAGGCGGGUUCAUGAGUCAUUAUGGAUGGAAUUCUUGUAUAGAGAGUAUUACCAUGGGUGUGCCUAUAGCUUCUUGGCCUAUGCACUCUGACCAACCGAGAAAUGGUUUCCUGGUGACGGAAAUACUGAAAAUAGGCCUGGCUGUAAGGGAGUGGGAGAAACGCGAGGAGCUAGUAAGUGCAUCCACUAUUGAGAAAGUCGUUAGGAAGUUGAUGGCAUCAGAAGAAGGUGAUGCAAUUAGGAAAAGAUCAGAAGAAUUGGGAGAAGCCGUUAGGCGUUCCACAGAGAAAGGGGGUUCUUCUCGAAUAGAGCUGGACUCUUUUAUCGCGCAUAUCACAAGAUAGACUUGCUUUUCAACAGAAAUUUCAAGUUUAUCUGUCACUUGUCUGGCUUCUAUGGCUAUCAGUGACUUAUUGCUUUGUAUUUCUCUCUUAAUGGUCUUGUUUACAUUUCUCAGUUGGUAUGUACCAGAGUUAUAUUCAAGAACCACA